CUUGCGGCGGAGGCAGCAGAGCGUGAACCAUUCGCAACAUCGUGUUUCUUUUUGUUCUUCAUACGCCAUCCCACUUCCAAUACCACCGUCUCUUGCAUUGAAGCUGCUCAGCGUGUUACUGAAGCUGCGGCUUCGCCCUCAAUUCCACCAUGGCUUCUUCCCCGAGCAUGUUGACCAAGUUCGAAUCCAAGUCCUCGAGGGCUAAGGGUAUUGCCUUCCACCCCAAGAGACCCUGGAUUCUUGUGUCGCUGCACUCCUCCACCAUCCAGCUAUGGGACUACCGCAUGGGAACCCUGAUCGACCGCUUCGAAGAACACGACGGGCCGGUUCGCGGCGUUGACUUCCACAAGACCCAGCCAUUAUUCGUAUCUGGUGGCGACGACUACAAGAUCAAGGUCUGGUCGUACCAGACUCGACGAUGUCUGUUCACUCUGAGCGGUCAUCUGGACUAUGUCAGAACCGUCUUCUUCCACCACGAGCUACCAUGGAUCAUCAGUAGUUCAGACGAUCAAACCAUCCGUAUCUGGAACUGGCAGAACCGCUCCCUCAUCUGCACCAUGACCGGCCACAACCACUACACAAUGUGCGCGCAGUUCCACCCGAAAGAAGACCUCGUCGUCUCCGCCUCGCUCGACCAGUCCGUUCGUGUUUGGGAUAUCUCUGGGUUGAGGAAGAAGCACUCUGCGCCAACAUCCAUGUCGUUCGAGGACCAGAUGGCCCGCUCGAAUCAGAACCAGGCGGACAUGUUUGGAAACACAGACGCGGUCGUCAAGUUCGUUCUUGAGGGCCACGACCGAGGUGUGAACUGGGUCGCGUUCCACCCUACACUACCAUUGAUUGUUUCCGCUGGUGACGAUCGCCUGGUCAAGCUGUGGAGAAUGUCGGAGACAAAAGCCUGGGAAGUCGACACUUGCAGAGGGCAUUUCCAGAACGCUUCGGCGUGUUUGUUUCACCCACACCAGGACCUGAUCCUGUCAGUAGGCGAAGACAAGACCAUCCGGGUAUGGGAUCUUAACAGGAGAACAUCCGUCCAGUCUUUCAAGAGGGAGAACGACCGUUUCUGGGUUAUUGCGGCGCAUCCGGAGAUCAACCUUUUCGCUGCUGGUCACGACAACGGUGUCAUGGUGUUCAAGUUGGAGCGGGAGCGCCCUGCGUCUGCGGUCUACCAGAACAACCUCUUCUACAUAACCAAGGAGAAGCACGUUCGGUCAUACGACUUCCAGAAGAACCUCGAAUCGCCUUCCAUGCUCUCCCUCAAGAAGCUCGGUAGCCCAUGGACACCGCCGCGAACUUUGUCCUACAACCCUGCCGAACGUUCGAUUCUGGUCACAUCGCCUGCAGACAGCGGUACAUACGAACUGAUCAGUCUUCCACGCGAUGCCUCGGGAGCAGUGGAGCCUACUGACACGAAGCGUGGCUCAGGAAACUCGGCGGUCUUCGUGGCGAGGAACAGGUUCGCAGUCUUCAACCAAGCUAACCAGCAGAUCGAUAUCAAGGACCUCACCAACUCGACGACAAAGACUAUUAAGCCCCCGCAUGGCACGACUGACAUCUACUUCGGCGGUACUGGUAACUUGCUUCUCAUCACCCCUACCACUGUUGUGUUGUACGAUAUCCAGGCCAAGAAGAACCUUGCGGAGCUUGCUGUGGCCGGCGUCAAAUAUGUUGUCUGGUCUUCAGAUGGGCUACACGUUGCUCUUCUAAGCAAGCACAACGUCACAAUUGCCACCAAAAACCUCGACCAGGUCAGCACGCUGCAUGAGACGAUUCGCAUCAAGAGCGCUACCUGGGACGAUACCGGCGUACUUCUCUACUCGACAUUGAACCACAUCAAGUACAGCUUGAUGAACGGCGACAACGGUAUCGUUCGAACUCUGGAGCACACCGUCUAUCUCGUCAGAGUCAAGGGCCGCAACAUCUACUGCUUGGACAGAGCCGCGAAGCCCAAGGUCCUCCAGAUCGACCCCACGGAGUACCGUUUCAAACUCGCCCUUGUCAAGCGGAACUACGAUGAGAUGCUUAACAUCAUCAAGACAUCUAGUCUCGUCGGUCAAAGCAUCAUUUCGUACCUGCAAAAGAAGGGUUACCCUGAGAUUGCGCUUCAGUUUGUUCAGGAUCCCCAAACACGCUUUGAGCUCGCUAUUGAAUGUGGCAACCUCGAGGUUGCGGUGGAGAUGGCGAAGCAGCUUGACCGACCGAAGCUUUGGCAGCGACUCAGCACCGAGGCUCUCGCGCACGGGAACCAUCAAAUAGUGGAGAUGACAUACCAGAAGCUGCGGAACUUCGAUAAGCUGUCGUUCUUGUACCUUACAACAGGCGACCAGGAGAAGUUGAAGCGUAUGGCCAAAAUUGCCGAACACCGUGGAGACAUGACCGCACGUUUCCAGAACGCGCUUUACCUGGGCGAUGUUCAGAACAGGAUCGAGAUGUUCCAAGAGAUUGAUCUUUACCCGUUGGCUUAUGCUACUGCGAAGGCUCACGGCCUUGAUGAGCAAGCGCAAUCGAUACUCGAAGCAGCUGGCGUCACAGAAGACCAGAUCAGCGUACCCUCGAUAGGCAACCCUCUUGAGCCGCCAAAGCCGAUUGUCCCUACCUUCAAAGCGAACUGGCCCACGCGUGCAGCAUCCUCGAGCGUCUUUGAAAAGGCUCUUGCUGGCGAGAUUGAGGGUGUUGGCGAUGAGGAGCCAGCGGCCAAUGGAUAUGGUAACGAGGACCUGCUCGGUGAACCAGAAGCUGCUGGUGCGACUGCCGAGCUUGGCGGUGAUGACGAAGAGGAAGAUGUUGGCGGCUGGGACAUGGGAGACGAUGGUGAUGUCGAGGCGGAAGACGACUUCGUCGAGGUCGAGGGCGCUGACGCAGGUGCUGGCAGCAGCGAGGCUGAUCUGUGGGCACGCAACUCGCCGCUGGCGGCAGAUCACAUUGCUGCAGGGUCUUUUGAAACUGCUAUGCAGUUGUUGAACAGGCAAGUUGGCGCUGUCAACUUUGCUCCUCUCGAGGAUCGCUUCCAGGAGAUCUACCAGGCGACACGAACUUUCCUUCCUGCUACACCCAACAUGCCUUCUCUCGUCAACUACGUACGGAGAACGGUUACCGAGACAGACUCGCGAAAGAUCCUGCCCAUCAUCCCACGGAAUCUCGAGUCCAUUCUAUCAUCUGACUUGGCAGCUGGCAAGCAAGCAUUGCUCAAGAACCAGCUUCCUGACGGUGUCGCUGCUUUCAAGAGGUUACUGCACCUCUUGGUCGUCAAUGUUGUCGCAUCGCAAGCAGAGCUCACCGAGGCGAAGAAGGCGAUUCACACCGCUGCUCAAUACACACUUGCCAUGUCCAUCGAGCUCGAGCGCCGCGCACUCACUAAGGGUGCCACUGACAUCUCUGGCCUCUCAGACGAAGACAAGAAGCGUGCUCUGGAACUGUCCGCCUACUUCACCGUUCCUGAGCUUGAGGGAGCCCACAAGUCGCUUCCUCUUUCUGCAGCCAUGAACUUCGCCCACAAGAACAAGCAGCUCAACACCGCGCUAAACUUCGCCAACGCUCUGCUCGACAGGACCGGCAACGCGAAGAUGAAGGAGUCCGCCAAGCGUGUAAAGACCGUUGCUGAGAGGAACCCCGCAGACGGAAUCGAAAUCGACUUUGACCAAUUCGCCGACUUCGAAAUUUGCGCUGCUAGCCACACACCCAUCUACGGUGGCAACCCCUCGGUUGCCUGUCCUUACGAUGGCUCGAAGUACCACGGCAAAUACAAGGGCACCGUGUGCAAGAUUUGCGAGGUCUGCCAGGUUGGUGCUCCCGCAAGUGGCCUGAGGCUUGUUGGUUGAAUGAUGAUGGGUUUGGAGUCUUAGCAUUGCUUACGGUUAGGGUUGAGAGUUGCGGCAGCGUUAUGAGGACGAUAGAUGUAGCGAGCCCUUGCGGUCAACAACAAAAUGCG